AUGCCGCCCAAAAAACAACCCGGGUACUACGUCGUGACUCACGGCUACACCCCGGGUAUCUACAAAGACUACAGCAGGGUCCUGGAACAGAUCACCGGAUACGCGUACGGAAGGUUCAAGAAGUUCCAAUCCUAUGACGAGGCGUACUUCUACUACUUCCACGCGCGCCACACGGAGGUAGCUGAACAUGAGAAGCGGUCUGAGUUGUUCGAGAAGGUUUUGAAGCAAGCUGUGGCUAAGGAGAUGAGGGAAAAGGAGAUAUCUGCAACAGGAGGAGAGAAAGGAGACGAUACUUCAGCUGGAGAUACCUGCCUCAUGACCAGUGAGAAUGAUAUUGUCACGACCUUUUGUAAUCCUUCAAAAGAAGAUGUAACUCUGUACCGUGCUCCUAAGCAUGUUUCGUCAAAUAAUAUAAUAGACGAGACUCCGAGGAAAAGUGCGCGGCUUGAGUCGCAGGAGCAGGUUAAAUAUUCUGAUGAUACGGAUCUUGAUGACGAGUUCUCUUUACAACAAUUUGAAGAAGAUAUUAUUAAAUCAAUCGAAUUAGAAUCAGAGAAGCUUUCCAAACGGAAACGAAAAAUCGGGAAAACUCCUUCUUCACGCAAUUCAAGAGGUCGGCCCAAGAAAGAAAUUCAAAACAAAGAGACAGGAGAGACGUUCACAAACUCAGGAGUACCAAUAGUGUACACUGAUGGCUGCUGUAUAAACAACAUGUUAGCUGAGACCGAGAGAAGGGCAGGAUGUGGUGUAUUCUGGGGUAGAGACGACCCUAGAAACGUCAUAGAGAGACUGUGGGGCUCCCAAACUAACCAGAGAGCUGAACUGUGGGCUAUUGUACGAGCCGUGCAGACCGCGCUGCAGUCAGACUACGAGGCUCUGGAGAUCAGGACUGACUCUCAGUAUGUUAUCAGUGGUAUGACAGAAUGGAUACUGAGGUGGAGGAAGAAUAACUGGACAACAGCUGGCAAUCAUGCAGUGAAAAACAGGGACAUGUUCGCCUUACUGGACGGGUUGUGUUGUUAUAUUGAUGUGAGGUGGGUUAAGGUUAAGGGACAUUCUUCUGUUUAUGGAAAUGACAUGGCAGAUUCCCUGGCUAAGUGUGGGGCGCAUUUGUUGGAGAGAAAAGUUCCUGUUUUAAAUCCACUUUCUGAUUCAGAACAUUCCACGGGUCAUACAAAAGUGGAAGUUAAGGAUGAAUAUGAUAAUAGCUGUUGUGAUUAG